UGAAACCUAAACCUAGUGGUGGAUGUCAGGGGUAAGCUGUCAGCUCCUGCAGCUUGACGGGAUAUCAGAACGUCGGAGCGAGAUACUAUCAACACAGGAUCAACUAUCCAGAUACAUCGGGGAUAUAUCUAGUUUGUACUCAACUUUACAUAACGACUCAGUGAGGGUGUCUAGCGAGGUGUCACAUGGGUACCUGGAUAUCAGACUGAGAGAGCUUCCUCAAACCUCCUCUAAUAUUUCCAGAUUUGUAAAGGUGGAACUAAAACCCUCCCUGCCCACCCUUCUCCACCACAUAGGUGACUGUCACGUGAUGACCCUGUUGCCUAGUAACCAGGAGGCUCUGGUAACCGUCCAGUUACCCUCAAUCUCUGAGCUUGUGACAGUGAGUGUCACUGUCACACUUAUCUACAAGUGUCCUGAGGUUAUCGGGCUCUGCUUCCUCAGGACAGACAUCUGUUUCAGUAUAAAGUGUACACCAGAACCCUGUACUCCUCCGCAAACAAUACCCAUCCUCACUACACCACCCGCCCUCUACCAACACUCCUCCAACAGUACAUCAACUCUACUAGACCACGUGACAUUGGACCACGUGACUCAGACUCUAAACCACGUGACUUGUACUCCAUAUCAGUUCACUGCUCUCAGACCCCUGCUGGUUUACAGGGACAUGUUAAACAAGCAGCUGGUGAGGGGGAGAUGAGCGGACUCAGUGCUGAGCAGUUGUAUGAGACUGUUGUUAAGUUGAGAGGAGUGAGGGAGAAGAGGAGUACUACUACUAGUGUUACUGAUGUUAGCUUGUCAUCCUCUUUACAGGAUUUAUCUAGUGCUUACCACAAGUUAAGAGGGAUUUGUUAACUUCCUUGUUGCAGAC